CACGGUGCAACAUGCAUUUGCUCCAGAGAGGCUGAGAGAGGCUGCAGCAAGAAGAAAAAACUCUGAAUAAACUCAAGAAAACAGUUUAAAAACAGAGAAGAUCGAGCGACGCACGAGGCUUCCUGCCGCGGGGAUGUGAUGGAAAGAGUUUGACUUUAAAAAGUCUGCCUGCUUUCAACAAGCUGCACGGGAAGGGAAGCUGCAGGAGUGCGUCCGACAUUUCCAGCAUGUGUGAUGUGGACGUGUCCUCGGAGCCCACCAGCCCCACCCUGUACGGCGAGUCCUCGGACCAGUACUACCAUGAGAACCGCUGGCAGAAGCUCCGCACCGCCGUCCGCAAGCUGGAAUUCUGGGAAAACUUCAGCGCCGAGCUGAUCGGGAGUGGCUUUUUCUCCAAAGUCUACAAGGUGAUGCACAGCACCACCCGGAAAGUGAUGGUGGUCAAGAUCUACAAGAACGACGUGGACCAGGACAGCAUCGUGCGCGAGAUCAGCCUCCUGCAGAAACUCUCCCACCCCAACAUCGUCAGAUAUCUGGGGAUCUGUGUGAAAGAAGACAAGCUGUAUCCCAUCUUAGAGUACGUGAACGGCGGCUGUCUGGAGGAACUUCUGGCCCGAAAAGACGUUGCUCUGUGCUGGAGGGAAAAGGUGGAGCUGGCCUGCGACAUCAGCCGAGGAAUGAUCUACCUGCACUACAAGAACAUUUACCACAGAGACCUCAACUCCAAGAACUGUCUGAUCCGGGUGACGUCUCGGGGCCGGGAGGCCCUGGUGGCGGACUUCGGCCUGGCCCGGGAGGUGGUGGAGCCGCCGGUGAAGGACCCCGGCAGGAAGCUGUCGCUGGUGGGCUCGGCGUUCUGGAUGGCGCCCGAGAUGCUGCGGGGGGAGCCGUACGACCGGAAGGUGGAUGUUUUCUCCUUUGGGAUCGUGUUGUGUGAAAUCUUAGCCAGGAUCGCUGCAGACCCGGAAAUUCUCCCCAGAACGCAGGACUAUGGCCUGGAUAAGACAGCGUUCAGAGAGCUGGUGACCGACUGUCCUCAGCGGCUCCUGGAUUUGGCCGCCAGCUGCUGCAUGGUGGAGUCCUUCAGACGGCCGGCCUUCACGGAGCUGCUGGACGAGUUGGGGGAGGUGGCGGAGAGUCUGGAGCCUCCACCGAAGCCCGAGCUGACCACCAGCUGAGCGGACCGCCCAGGAAACCCUGAAACCACGGGCUGUGUGGCGUGUUUGUUACUCGCCGUCCGGACAGACGGACUGAGUUCACAGAAAAACGAGUCCUGGAUGUUUCCGUGGCAACCCUUCACUCCUCCAUUGAACUCCACUGAGCUGCUGGUC